GCCAUGCUGGGCUAGUCGAGACUGCCUUACGACUUGUAAAGUAACUCCGUCAAUGAAAUGCAAAGGCAGAGUCCUGCUCCAUUCUUAGAUCACCAAGCAAGUGAAGAUACUACAAUCAAAAGAAUUAGACCAAACAAUAGCACGAUCAUAACACCGCCAGUUGUUCUGCUAGAAAUUAGUCCGAACAGGAACCUUGAUUUCUGGAAAUCCGUCCUGUUCCACAAAAAACUCUAGUUUUCCAGCAAUACAGCCAAGAC